AUUAGAGAAAUAAUAAUAAUAAUAAUUGCAAAAUAUUAACUACGGUUUUUGCCGAAAGGUGACAUUGACGUCGAGAGAGAGAGGAGAGACAAGAGAGAGAGAGAAUAUGAAUAAUGACAAUAAACAGGAAAAAAAAAAAUCAAUAAUAACAUCAACUUAAAUGGAUUAAUGAAUUAGCUGAUACUGAUAAUGAAUAAAUUGAUAAAAAAAAUACACAUUUUAAUUCAAUAAUAAAUUUUAAAAUGUCAAAAUAAUAAUGAGGUUAUGUUGAUCAAAAUAAACAAACAGACGCGUUGUUUUAAUAAAUAUAAAAUUGAUAAAAAUAAUAGAAUGGCAUUUUCAUUGAGAGCUGGAACAAAUUGGUGUCAUGAUUUUCCAAAAUUGGCAAGAGAAUCUGGAUUUUAUUUUAAUAUGCAUCGAACGAAAGUUCGUGUUGAUUGGAAUCGGAUAAGUACAAUUGACAUUGACAGUGUAAUUAGAGAUCGUGAUUUUUUGACAAUUGAUGAAAAUGUUAAUAACGUCGUUGAUUAUUCACUUGAAAAUGAGUAUGAUGUUAAAAUAUUAGAUCCAAAUUUUGUCAAACUUUUUAGACUUUCACAAUUAGCUGUUGAAUAUUUACUCUAUUGUAAACAAUAUUUAGAUCAUUCAGUUAUUAUUUUAAAAGAUGAGCUACGUUUAAAACUAGAAGAAAAUGGAAAAUUAAAAAAAGACUUGUUAACAGCUGAAGAAAAUAUUCAAGAGCUAAAAGAUAAAUUUAAGGAUAAACAAAAAUAUAUUGAAGCUAAAUUUAGUGAUUCACAUGGUGAAAUUCACAAGUGUCCACAAUGUCCAAAAACUUUUAUAUCAUCUGUUUUUAUGAACUCUCAUUUAACUCGUCGUCAUUCAAACGUAACAAUUUCAUCACCAGAACACGAAAAAUAUCGUGCAGAAGCUGAAAAACUUAACAAUGAAAUAAAAAAUUUAAAAGAACGUUUAAAUGAAACAGAAAGAUUAAUACGUAAUGAUACAAUUAAAAAAUUUGAUAAUGAUUUAUCAAAUGAUAUAAAAAAUUCAUUGUCAAUUGACAGAUCAAUUUAUCAAGAAAAAAAAAUUGAAGAUGAACAUCGUAGAUAUCGUGAAGAGAUAAGUAAUUUAAAGAGUAUGUUAUUCAAUGAAUUACGUAAUUUAAAAAGUAAUGAUAACGAUAAAAAAUUAUUAGAAAAUGAUGAUACAUUUGGUAACACAUGGAAAGAACAAAUUCGUCAACAAGAAAAUGAAAUUAAAAUAUUAAAAGAUAAUAUACAAAUACGUACAAAUCAAGAUAUUGAAAAUAUAAAAUUAAAAUUAAAUUCACAAGAAGAAUUUUGGCUAACGAAAAUUAAUGAUAUUAAUAAACAACAUAAAUUUGAUAUUGAUAAAUUAUAUAAACAAUUAAAAAUUAAUGAACAAUCAUGGGAUUAUAUGAAAAAUGAUUAUUUAAAAAAAAUUAAUGAUUUAGAAGAAAUGUAUAAAGCUGAAUUAUCAAAAAAUAAUAAUAUUGAUAGUAAAAAUAGUCAUGAUCAUGAUAUAAAUAAUCCAUUGAACCCGGAAAAAGUUUUAUCAAUAACAGAUAAAAAACGUUCGAUUAUUAUUGACCCAAUUGAAACAGAAAAUCCUAGAGAUUCAUUCAUUCAAAGAAGAGAUAAAAAAUUAUCAUUGAAUGCAAUUGAAAUUGAUGAUAAUCAUCAAGAUAAAAAAUCACCAAGCGUUGAAGUUAAGUAUGAUCAAUGGCAGGAUCAGACAGAGAUAAUUUUAAGUGAAAAAACACGGAUACCUGAGCCAGUGCAACAGGUAUUUGUAAAAAAAUCAAUGAGUUCAGAUAAAACUACAUCAUUAAUGACAAAAAAAUUUGAAGAAUCUUUGAGUGAUUCUGAUGACAGUGAUACACAGUCAGAGACAAUGACGACAUCAAAAGUAUCAAGUGAUGAAUCAGAUGAAACGAGUGAAUCACUUGAUGACAAUGAUGAUAAUGAUGAAGAUAAAAACAAUAAACCAGUAGCACAAAAAAAUAGAGAACAAUUAAAAUUAGAAACAAAAGAUAAUGUUGAACAAAAAUUACGUGAUCUUGGUGUUGAUCCAGAUUGGCAAGGUUUACCAUACAAAACAUACUGUCAGCUAUCAAAAAUAAUAAAACAUCAUCGUAAUAUUAACAAGAAAAAAUAUACAAAUUUUGAUGAUAUUCGAAAUGAAAUAAUAAAUAAUGUUAAUAAAAAAAUUAUAAAUAAUGUUGAUGAUGAUGAUGUUGAUGAUAAAACAAGUAAUAAAAAAUUACAGUUAAAUAAAUUGUUGAAAAAUGUUAAAACAAAAGCAUUUCGUGCAUUUAAUAUUAAUGAUAAUUCAACAAAUAAUACAAUUAAACAAAAAAGAAUAAUUGUUAAUAAGCACAAUAUUGAUAUACUUCCUAAAAAAAUUAAAUCACCAAUUGUAUCAUCACCAGAAUUAUCAACAAAACCAAGAUACACAUCAAGUCCAUGUAAAAAAAAUUAUAAAACAGUUGAAUCAUCAGUUGAUGUUAAACAAUUUUCUCAUUCAUAUGAAAGUAUAAAAGAUUAUUUAAAAGAUCCAAUGGAAAAUAAAUUUUUUAAUACACAAAAUAUAAAUGAAAUAAAAUUAUCAAAAGAUGGUUUAUCAAGUUUACCAGCAUCACCAAAAAAUAAUAGAAGUGUUUUAAAAACAACAACUGGAUCUGUUGGAAGUUUAGUCAAAAAAAAAGUUGAAUUUAUUCUUGAUGAUGAAAAAACAAUGUAUGAUUCAAGUGAAAAUGAAUUUCAUAUAUCAAGUAUAUCAGAAGAAAAAUCAGAUGAUGUAAAAGCAAUUGAUUCGAAAAAAAAUAAUGAUAUAAUAUUAAAAACAACACAAAGUGAUAAAAUAUAUGAAAUUGCUAAAAAAUUAGAAACACAAUUAAACACAACGAGACAAAAACCAGUUGGUGCUGUUGAAGCAAUGUUUAUGAAGAAAUUACAUUUUACAAAUGAUGAUUUAUCAAUUAAUGAUCAAAAUGAUCAUUAUCCAAUGCCAGCACCAAGACUAUCAAUAUCAAGUAUUAAUCAAUCUGAAAAGAAUGAAAUGACAAAUUUAGAUUUAGAUAUUGAAGAGCUACUUGCAAUGGAGUAAUUUAAUUUAUUUAUUUACCUGAAUGUGUGUAACGAUGCCUAAGACUAGACAAUAAGUUAAUUAAUUUAAAAAAGUUAAUCAGUUUUUAUAAAAUGAUAAUCAUCAGUAUCAAAAAAACCAAAAAGUUAAUUUUAUUUAUCAACUAAACAAUAGCUUAGUUAUAUUAAAGAAAAAAAAAACAUAAUUUAUAUUUAAUUUUUUGAAACAAUAAAUAAUAAUUUUAUAAUUAUAAAUAAA